AACUUUACAAGAAGAGGGAAAAAAAAGAUCACAAAGAAUGAGAAUAGAUAAGAGAGGCAAGAAGAAGAACAAGGGGAAGAAGAGCAUUACUGGGCCAGUUACAUCAAAGGAUGGGGUCCCAUAUGACUACAUUGUUAUAGUAGAUUCUGGAUCAAAGGGGUCGCGGGUAUAUGUAUACAAUUGGUUAAAUCCUUUGCAUAUAUUUAAUAACGGGUUAAACUAUGAACAAUUAGAACUAUUGAAAUCUAAAGGGGAUCUAAAGUUGGUGAAAAAGUUUGAAAUUAAAAGAGGUGAUGAGGAAGAAUUGACUGAGGAUGAAGAUGAAGACAAGAGUGAUGGUAGUAAAGCGGAUAAAGAAGUAAGUAAAGGGAAUGAAGAUGAUAAGGAUGAUGAUAAGGACGAUGACAAGGACGAUGACAAGGAAGAUGAUAAGGAAGAUGACAAGGAAGAUGAUACGGAAGAUGAUAAGGAAGAUGAUGAAUCCGACAAUACUGAUGAAGAUGAUGAUGAUGAUGAUGUCAAAGAUAACUCCAAACAAAAUGGUAAAGAUAAAGUGCAGCCACUUCCUAAAAUUAAUACAGAAAAGCUGUGGCAUAAAAAGAUUAAGCCAGGGAUUUCAUCUUUCAAAUCUAGUCCACAAAAAAUCGGAAAUCAUCAUAUUCAAUACCUUCUUCAACUUGCUAGUUCUGUAGUUCCAAAGUCUGAGCACCAUCGUACACCGUUCUUCCUUCAUUCCACAGCUGGUAUGAGAUUACUUGCACCAAAUGAACAACAACAAAUUCUUGACAAUAUCUGUACGUAUGUACAAGGAAAUUCGGAAUUUUAUUUGCCCGAUUGUGCAUCCCAUGUGAAUGUAAUUGAUGGUGACGUUGAAGGUUUAUACGGUUGGUUGUCGAUCAACUAUAUGAUCGGAUCAUUAGAUCAUCCUGAGAAGCAUAAUCAUGGGAAGAACCAUACCACCUACGGUUUAUUGGAUAUGGGUGGUGCAUCUACACAAGUGGUAUUUCUGCCUAAUGCUACGGAAAUUGAAGAACAUCAGAACAAUCUCUUUGAUAUUACUUUACAAAGAACUUUUCAAAAUAAAUCUGAAGCACAUCUGGGUAAUCUUAACUAUAAGCUUUACUCUGAUUCUUUCCUUGGGUUCGGGAUGUAUCAAGCACAUAAUAAGUAUUUGACUUAUUUGAAUGAUGAAUACACUCAAUCGCACUCGAAUGAAUACGGAAGCAUGAAUGGUCCCAUUUUAGAUCCUUGUCUUCCAAAAGGAUAUAUUAGUACAGGUGUGACACUUAAUGAAGUAAAUGUGGACUUUACUGGUGACAGUAAUUUCCAAAAAUGUCUUACAUCAAUUUUCCCUGUUAUACUGAACAGUACCUAUAGUUCCAUGACUCAAAGUUCUGAAAAUUGUAAAGAAUUUGGUGAUGGAUCUGAAGUAAGUUCUUGUUUAUUGAAUGAUUUAAUUCCUGCGUUUGACUUUGAUGUCAACCAUUUCAUCGGAGUAAGUGGAUAUUGGGAUUCUAUUAAUAGUUUAUUAUCGUAUGACGAAAAGUUAAAAAGAGAUUCCAAAAAGAAGACGAAACUGAUGGUAUUGGAUGGUAUGAAUACUUAUGAUUAUCAAGUGAUUUACAAUGAAACGUCAAAAGUAUGUUCUAGGUCUCUUAGUGAGCUUAUCACAUUGAAUAAUGCCAAAGAUAAGAAAGAUCAGUUUUCAGAGGAAGAACUAUCUGAGCUUUGUUUUAAAUCUUCAUGGAUCUUAAAUUUCUUGCAUUUAGGUUUAGGCUUCCCCAGAUUUGGUAUUGAUAAAGUUGGUGUAAAUGGUGAAAACGAAAAAUUCGAAUCCUUACAAUUGGUUGAACAAGUUGAUGGAUCUUCAUUUUCGUGGACUUUGGGUAGAGCACUUCUAUACGCUAACGAUGAAUUCUCCCAAGCGUAUAAUAAUUUUACCUUAACAUCUAAUAAUCUUACUGUGGCUACCGAAGACAUUAAAUCGCAACUUAUUAAUAGAUCUGGUUAUUACCAUACUACUUCGUCAAAUGAUUUCCACUAUGGUGCAGAACAAAAGAGUAUUGCCAAAAGACCAGAUUUUAUUCCAAACAGGGAUAUACUGAACCUCCCUCAUUAUAGUUAUGAAGAUGGAUAUGAAACUGGUGAAACUGAGCUGAAAUGGAAUAUCGAACCUCACCGUUGGUAUGGACUUUUCAUUUUCUUACUUAUGAUUGUAAUUAUUGGGUUAUUGUUAUUGGGUAAAUCUGGAAGAAGACUGAUUAUCAAUAAUAUUCAAUCAAGGUUUGAACAAUUUCUGAACUACCUAGGAUCGAAAAAGAAAAAUUAUAAAGCUGUGCCGAUUGAAAUCAAUGACAACAACUAUGAUGUUGGGAGUAGCAUCGAACUUGAGAAUAUUGACACUCGUGAAGAGAAUGAUGAUUCCAAGUUUCAACUUGACAGCGAGGAAGAACUGGUUUGAAAAUCAAAAGAAAGAGCCUCUACGUUAAUACAUAUUAUGAAUUUAAAAGGAUUUCAUGUAGUCUUUGUAU